AAUUCAAAACAAGAUGUCGUCAAGAUCAUCACGUCGCACAAUAUUCGAAAAUCUUUCAUACCUGGCAGCUCAGUUGGGAUGCCCGCUAAUAAUUCAGGAUUUUGAUUUGAAAAUCAAACGUGAUGUGGAGCCUCCCGCGACCGCUGCCGUGAAACGAUUAAUAUCGUUUGCCACAAUUCCGGCGUGUUGUCUGCAUUCAAAAGGAACCGGCCCAGAUGCGCAAUCCGCGGAGAAGUCAGCGUCCCAUGCAAUUCUCGACAAGUUCUCCGUUAUUGUUUCAUCUGAUUUUCGCAGCCACCUAAUAAAUUGUGCAAAUGAUAACGAAGUAAAGGAUUUGAUUCCUCAAGUUGCACCAUUUUUUGAGCAGCUCAAGGUUGCCAUCGCCGCAGAUUUCAUGUCGAUCAGCGAACUUCACACGUUCGAUUUGACUGCCAAAGCGAAAGCUCGUGGAAAAGAGCUGAUGACCCGUGUUCUUCAAAAUGUGAAGGAGUCGACUAUUGGCUAUGAAAGAAAUAUUCUAAAGAAGGCUUCUGAAACAGAGAGCGUAUCUUCUCAAAAAUCUACACGAAAUAUCUCGAACAGUGUAAUUUUUGAAUUUGAAGCUUUAGAGAUGCGUCAAGAUUUGGAAAAGUCGAUGAAAAAAUGUUUUCAUGAUUGGAAAGGAGUUGAAAGAGUCACAUAUUCGAAAACCGACGAAGUUCUUCGUGCUCAGCUCUUCACUUCCCACAAUUUUAGUGAAAAAAAUCUUGCGGAGACCAUUUUGAAAUUGGGUUUCAAAACUAUAACCGAAUCAGUGAUCGUUGACAAAAAUGAAUUAAAAUUUGAGACGCUCGCAUCGGAGAUUGCGGAAGUCGGUCAAUACGUCUCAACGGUACAAGAUAUGUCUGUAUUGGAUGUAAUUACCGUGAACAGAUUGCUUGAAGUCCGCCCGGACACAUUGGAUGUGAGCGGAUUCUGUUUUAAUCUUGAAAUCUUCCGAUCGAUCAAUCUGGAAGGUAUUAAGAAAUUCACUGCCCGGGACCAUUGCUUGAACAGUCUCCGCAAUUUUCCUUACCUGCCGAAUUGCACAGUUCUCGGCCUUUCAAACAACAAUAUCAAGGAAUGUACGAGAAUUUUGGUUAAACAAGUUGUAAAUGUGGAACAUCUCGACCUGCGGAACAACUUUCUUACAAUGAACUGCACAUUUCCUUUGCUGUCGCUGAAAUCGCUCACGCAUCUGAAGCUGUCGGAUAAUUUUCGAGUUGCUUUUCGAGUUGCCUUUUCGAGUUGCAUUUUCGAGUUGCCCGAUCUUUUGCAACUUAUUUUUUCAAAAGAAUCCCGACGUUGAAGAGAAUUGAUGAUAAACCGGAAAAGAUGGCACCACUAGCUCUGGAAGAACAUUUUGAAGAUGAGGAUAAUAAACCUUCCAGCAGCACUUCCAGCAGCUUCUGGCGUCACAUCAGUUAUCAGGAGAGAAGCUUGAAACAAAUGCAACCGAAGAAGACAUGAAAAUUUCCUUUUUUUUUACUGUUACAAUACCUAUUUCGUAAAUUAUAUAUAUAUAUAUAUAUAUAUCUCGUUAUCUCUCCUUAUAUUAUUUAAUCCCAACAUUGUAUUCAGUUUCAUUGGCUUAGCAAGUUUUCGAUUGAAAAUUUUUUUUUUCAGCCAAAUACCGAUUUUUCAUAUUUUUUUCGCAUUUUUGAUUGAUGUUUCUGUGAUUAUUGGUUUUCCUAUGUUGUUUUAAAAGGGUUUGUAAUGU